AUGGAUUUAUCGCGACUUUCGACGCCAAAAGUCGAUUCAGCAGACUCUUGCUAUAAUGCCGCUAAUUUUCCGCGCAUCGAAUAUUCUCCUACAGACAGCGCGCCCGCUGAUUCGAUUGACGCCCUCAUGGCCACCCUCCAGGCCUUCGCCCGCGACCACGGCUUCGCAAUCGUUCGCCGCAAUAGUUCCAAGUACGUCAAUGGCGAGGCCACUUACGACACUCUACGAUGCGACCGAGACGCAGUCCGCCAGACUCAGGGCGUUGGUCUCCGCCCAUCGAAGACGCAGAAGGUCGGCUGCCCUUAG